CGCCUCCACCAGUGCGCAUGCGCGCUCUUGUCAGUGACGAAGAACAUGGCGGCUGUUUCGAACGAGACGGAGCAGGCUCGGCGCAUUUAUUCACGCCUGCUGGCUAUGCCGUGUCCCUUGCUGGAAUGUGUGUACAUAGAAGAGUCUGAGGACAUGCUACAGCUGCUCUGCACUCCUUCCCAGCUUCGUACUGACAUACUGACUUGGGUCUGCUGCAGUAUUGAUCCAAACUUGGCCAGUUUGAAAGAGAAUGCAUUAAGAACCCGUAAUCCUGAUAUUUUGACAAACGGGAUGGCUGCACUUGGACAGGACCUGAUGCUGUGCAGAGGAGACAGCCUGGACUUAAUCAAGGGUGAUGCCAGUUGCCACCAGCAGCUUCAGUUCCUGGAAAAUCUUAUCGCUGAGGUCUCGGACUUAAGUGCAUCCACUGCGCAUGAUAUGAAGAUCUUGCUCGACACGGUUUUUACAGAUGAGAAUCUUGCACAAAUGGUCACGCCUUCGCUGGACCCCUGUUUUUCAAAUGUCCCAAGGGUUUUAUGCAAAAGCGCUAAAUCAACCAAGCCAAGAAGAGACAAUGCUGAGAGCAGUGCCGCCCUUAUUAAAUCUACUCACUCCAUGCUGGAGCAGCUAAAGUCUGAGUGUGAGUUCCUGACAACAAAAGAGGAGCCAAAUGCCCGUGCCUCUGCUUGCCGUGCGCUGCAUGUGGCCAUGUGCGACCUCCAGCAGCUGAUGACCACGUUCUGCCACGUGGAAGAGACACACCUGAGAGUUUUUUGCACAAAAGAGAGACCUCGCUUUAGCGCAGACCCACAGGUCUUCCAGAGAGUCUAUGAACUUCUGCAAGCUUUCUCAACGGAGUUGGAAAUGCUGAACGAGGUAUCGGAAGCAUCAACGGCUGUGAAGCAGUUUGUGAGCCACUUCCAGACAAAGCGUUGUUGCACGAGCCAAGGAGAGGGCACCAUAUAUGAUCAACUGGAUAAACUAACGGAGCGAUACAAAGCUUCUCUCUCCCACCUAAGUGCAGCCAAGAAUACAUGAAUAUUUUUUUCAUCUCAUUUGUAAAUGUUAAAUAAUUUGUAAUUACAUUGUUUUAUUCUCUUAAUGGAACUGUAUUCAAUGUACUUGGAUAUUGUCCUACAUUAAUAAAAAUUUUACUCAUCUGUUCA